CAAAGUGUUCAGAUCGUCUUUUGAAUCACUCAAAAGAAAAUGAAAAGAAAAAGUGAAAACGUCACUUAUCAUUCAAAUGGUAUGAGUGAUAUUAUAAACGACAUCUUGCAAGAAAUAAAUACCAUGGAAGAAAAUGUCUACAACUACAAUCCUGAUUCCGCAUUGGCAGACAGAACUGCGUCACGAUUUUAUACUCGUUAUGAGUAUAUUAAACUGAAACAAACUUAUCAAGACGACAACGCAUCGAUGUUCCUUAAGAAUGUGUUAAUGUUUACAGCAAUGAAGUGUUUGUCAAUUGAGGGAAAUUUCGAGAUCGAUCAAAUCACAACAUUUAUUAAACAUUUAAAAGUCAAUAACGCAAAUAAUAAAUUUCAAGUGAAUCAUUUGAUUUUUGUUGGUGAAACUCCAAACAGUUAUCUGUUGAUAAGCGAACUGAUUAAAGUAAGAAUUUAUAAGUCUUUAACUUUGAUUAAUUACUCAUCAGAGACUCUCGGAAAAAUUCUUUUUAAUUUCGGUAAUAUUAAAACUUUAAUUUUGGAAAAUAUGAAAAGUUUUGAUCGAUUCGAGGAAAAAUCAAGAGAUUUCUUUAGAAAAUGUUCAAAUAUCAUAAACAACUGAUAUCCUAAUUCUUAUGUUAGAGCAUUGGCACUUUUUGAACGAUUUAAGUUUGCCACGAUCACUCAGUUGUUUGCAAUUAACUCAGUUUAUUUGUGU